CAGGCCAAGGUGAGGCGCGCCGAGCGCAUCGCUCGAGGCGGAGGAGGCGCGAUGGCUCCGCAGCGGCGGGCGCUGCCCCGCGGCCCCGACAGCGCCGGGCCGGGGCCGGUCCGCGGGGCCCGCCGGCACAGCAGCGCCAGGAAGGGCAGACUGCAGCAGGAUCCCCGGGGAAGGUGGCUGAAGGCGGCGUUCCUCCUCCUCCUCUCCGCCGCGGCAGGCGGCGGCCUCGUGGUCUGGAGCCGCCUCCGCAGCCAGGAAGGGGUCCCCGAGGGUGCAAUCCCCGGAGAUGGGGUCCCCGAGGGUGCGGUCCCCGGAGAUGGGGUCCCCGAGGGUGCAAUCCCCGCAGAGGGGGUCACCGAGGUGCUGGCCCAUCGCAGCGACACCCUGCAGGACAAGUUCGUGGAGGUGCCCUGCUCGGCGGACUACGAGAGCCACAAGCGCUUUGCAGGUUGCACUCCUAGGAAGUGUGGAAGAGGUGUGACAGAUGCUGUAAUCACAAGAGAAGAAGCUGAAAGAAUUCGUAGAAUAGCAGAGAGGGGACUGUCCUUGGGAGGAUCUGAUGGAGGGGCAUCAAUUCUGGACUUGCACUCUGGAGCUCUUUCCCUGGGGAAGCAUUUUGUUAAUCUGUACAGGUACUUUGGGGACAAAAUUCAAGACAUCUUCACAGAAGAGGAUUUUGCCUUAUACCGGGAUGUGAGGCAGAGGAUUCUGCAGAGGAUUGCUCAGGUGUUUGGGAUCAGCUCCUCUGCCAUGUACCUGACCAAGCCAACAUUCUUCUCCAGGAUGAACAGCACAGCAGCCAAGACAACACAUGAUGAGUACUGGCACCCACACGUGGACAAGGUGACUUAUGGCUCUUUUGACUACACUUCUCUGCUCUAUCUCUCUGACUACUCCAAAGACUUCGGGGGUGGACGCUUCGUGUUCAUGGAUGCAGAUUCCAACAAGACAGUGGAGCCCCGAGCAGGCCGGGUGUCGUUUUUCACCUCGGGCUCAGAGAACCUGCACCGGGUGGAGAGGGUGCGCUGGGGCACUCGCUUUGCCAUCACCAUCUCCUUCAGCUGCGACCCCCAGCACGGCAUCGGGGACCCCAGGGUCACAGGGCACCUGUGACUGCCCUGCCACAGCAGCUCUGCAGGGACAAAGCAGCUCUUGGAACCUCACCUGCAACCAGAACUGCCCGGCUGUGGGUCACACUGUCACACGCUUUGUUUUCACUGCUCCUUUUCCAUCAGCAUCACAAAUGGUGGCUUAAGGAGCAUCCUGAAUUUGAUGCAUUCUGAAAAUGGUUUGACUUCACAUGUCAAAGAGACAGGCUGCAAAGAACAGAGGAUGGGCUCCACAAAGAAGAGAGGAUGGCCUCCACAAAGAAGAGAGGAUGGCCUCCACAAAGAAGAGAAAGUGGGCUCUUCAUUUUUAAAUUUUUUAAAAAAGUUUUUCAGUUUGAAAGAUACAAGCAGUCUUUUGGGCCAUGGCUUGAUGUGACUCCCCAGGCUGCUGUUACCUGUCCAGUUCUUUAUUCUCUUCAUUACCAAUGUGGUGUAGAAAGUCUGACCUCAGUGAAUUGAGCCUAAGUGAACUGAGACCUGAGUUAAUUGAAUGUUACUCUCUAGGACACACCUUCUCUUGAGAGGGAUGGAUUCUCCUGAGUGUGGGAUAGUGGGGAAUACACCUGGGCCUUGAACUUACUUUAAAAUUUAAUUACUACUGAUUCAUAAUUCAGGAAGUCUCUCAGUAGCUAUUUUUUUAUUUCUCUUUUCCAGUUUAGUGUGAAGACUUUUUCUGUUAAUGAGGACCCUGAAUAUUAAAUUGCAGGGACUUCCAAGAGGAGCUGUGUGCAAACACAUGCAUAAUCCUGCCAAAUACUUUGGGGUUUUUUACUGUAAUCAAAGAUUUUUGUGGGUCUGGAGGUUGAUAAAUAUAAUGGUAGAAAAACCUAAUUUUUUUUCCUCAAUCAAAAUCUGAAAUAACCACAUUGAUCUGGUUUAUUACCUGGGUGUAUAAUUUCUGGAUGUAUAAUUUCUUUGGAAAACUGAAAAUCUGGAAAUGUGCUUUGAUUUUUUUUAAAAUUUUAUGCAUACAGUUUGGACUUUAUAAUGUACCUUUUAUGGAAAUAAUAACUACUGGGGAGAAUUACAGUGAAGAUCAAUAUAAAGAGGAAUAAGAGGACACUUGGACUUGUGAGGGCUCUCAUUGGGCACACCAGCAAGAUUAGUCCUCUGUAAUUUCAUUUCUUUGUUCUGAAACUUGAAAAAGUCUUCCUUGUCUGUUCUAACAAGGGAGAAUUGUUAAAUUGGCUGGAUGCAAGGAAAUAUUAAAGUCACUUGGGUUUCAUAUUGUAAUACUUGUCUUUAAGCCUGUUUUUCCCAAGGAAUUUGCAUUACACCAUAUUUUAAGUCUGUGUGAAGGCAGACCAAGAUCACCAGCAGCUUUAGUGGAUUGAGCUUGAUGCAAAUGUAGAUUGAAAUGAGAUUUAAAUGUAGGGCUUUCCCCCCAGAUACCUGAUAAGAAUCUGAGCAUGAAUGUGUCUGCUGGUUACUCCUGUCAUGCCAGCUGUGAGUGGCACUUCUGGAGCUGCCCUCUGUCAAAUCCUGCUCAACAGGAUCAUCUCAGCCCAGGGGGAAAUCUCAGCUCAUCUCCUCUUGGAUUUUCAUCUUGCUGAAGAUUCUGUGUCCUGUAAUAACUGCAGCCCAUGGUGCAUCUCCUGCUGGGAACUGAUGGAUGCUCAGAAAUAAAAUCAAGCUGGUUUUUGUCUUUUGGA